UACAUCACAGCGACCCUUCCCUAUUUGUUACUGAUCGUCAUUCUUAUCAAGGGCCUGACGCUUCCUGGAUCAACUGAUGGCAUCCUUUUCUACAUCAGACCAGACUUUGAUAAACUUGCCAGUGUUCAAGUAUGGUUAGAAGCAGGAAUUCAAGUCUUCUAUUCUCUAGGACCCGCAUGGGGACCUCUCUUUACCAUGGCUAGCUUCAAUAAAUUCAACAAUAACUGCUACAGAGAUUCAAUCAUAUUAUCUAUGAUAAGCGAAGGAACAAGUAUAUUUGGAGGUUUUGCCAUUUUCACCAUUGUUGGUUACAUGGCUCAUGUUGCGGGUAAACCAGUGGAUAAAGUGGUACAGGCAGGUAGGCACAAA